GGGCGGUGCCUGCGGCGGGGGGCAGCGGGGCCGGGGCUGCCGGCGGGGCCGGGGGGCGGGCGGAGGGGAGGCGGCGGGGAGGGGGGGGGGACACACAAUGGCGGAGGGGGGCAGCGGCCGGGUUUCUUCCUCCUCCUCUUCUUCCUCGUCUCCCUGCCGCUGCUCUUCUUCGUCGUCUUUUUUUUCCCCGGGCGGCCAAGUUUUUGGUGCGCGCAGCUUGGCCCCGUCGGUUCGGCAGCUCUCGCUGCGUUUCGGCCGCUCCGAGCCCCCGGGCCCGGCCCAUGCGGGGCCGCCGCAGCCUCCUCCUCCUCCUCCUCCUCCUCCUCCUCCUCCUCCUCCACCUCCUCCUCUUCCUCCUCCUCCUCCUCCUCCGCCGCCGCCUCGGGGGCCGGCGCUGAGCGCGGAGCCGCGCUGGCCCAGCGUCCCGGCGAUGCGCAAACUCUUCGGCGAAAACGGGCGGCAGCCCCCGGGGACCGGCAACGGCAUCGGCACCGGCAACGGCAUCGGGACCUCCGACGGCACCGCCAAAGCCAACGGCACCGGCAGCGCUCGGGGAACGCCGCCGCCGCCACCUCCCCGCAGCCGCGUCCCGCACCCGGCGCUGCGGGCGCCCCGCGGGGCUGCGCCGGGGCUCGGCCCGCAUUCCUGGCAUAGCUCGGCUCGCCCGGCCUCCUCCUCCUCCUCCUCCUCUUCUUCUCCUUCCUCUUCCUCGCCCCGUAGCCGGGGUUCUCCGGGCAGCGAGGGCGAGGGGUUGCUGCGAGCCCCCAACCGCCAAGGGGACGGCGAGGGCCCGAGCAAGUUGGGGAGCCGCCAACCGCUCGCCCCCGCGGCCCCCGUGGUGGCCAGGGUGGCCAAGGUGAGCAUCCUGCCCUUCGGUAGCCCCGCCGGGAGCCGCUACUCCAGCACGGAGACGCUGAAGGAAGAGGAGCAGCCGGGCAGCUGUUGGGUCCUCCACGGCGGCCGCCGCUCGCCCGGUUUCGGGCCGAGCGAUGGGGUGGCUUGGGGACAACCCCAAACCCGUGGGAGGCCCAAGGUGGCACCGGGCACGGCCAAGGCGAGGCCGGAUUUGGGGAGCGAGGGCCCGCAGCUGGCGGGGGAGCGGGCCGAGCACCGCAAGUCCUUGUCCAACCCCGACAUCGCCACCGAGACGCUGACGCUCCUCAGCUUCCUCAAGUCGGACCUGUCGGAGCUGAAAGUGAAGAAGAAAGGGGUGAGGAUCGGCCUGGCCGAGGGGGGCUGCGAUGUCGGCCCCCCGCCGGCCGGCCCCCGGGACCGCGGCGCCGCUCAGCCCCCCAGCCGCUGGGCGCCGGGCGAGCGGCCAACGCUGAAGGACCUGACGGCCACGCUGCGCCGCGCCAAGUCCUUCACCUGCUCCGAGAAAUCGGGGACGCGCCGGCUUUUCCUGCAGAGCACCAUGAAGCAGAGCUCCUCCGAGCUCCUCUUGGCCACCGCCGGUAGCCACGAGGCGGCGGCUCCGGCGGGCGGCGGGCGGCGGGGGGACGAGGACGCGCUGCCCGUGGUCAUCCAGGACCAGUACAUCCAGGAGGCCAGGCAGGUCUUCGAGAAGAUCAGCAGGAUGGGUUCCCAGCAGGAUUACGGCUUGGCGGCCGAGCAGAAGGACAGCGGAGGUGUGGAGGGCGUCGGGGAGGUGGCACCCGCCAUGGGGACGGACGUGGCCCUUCGGGGACAGGCGGAGAGCACGCGGCGGUUGAAGGAAGCGGAGUUGGAGAAUUUCUCUCGAAGGAAAUCCGUGGAGGAGCUGUUGGGGCACGAGUCGAGCAUGACGGACGAGGGCAUCGUCACCGAGCCGGAGCCGGGGCCUCCUGGGGUGGCCUUGGGGGACUUGCACGAGGCCGUGGCCGCCUGGCAGCUGCCUGAUGCCACUGAGACUGCAACCGAGCCACCUUUGCCCCCGGCUCAAGCCAUGGCACUGGAAGACGUCCCCGUGGCCACCAAAGCCCAAGCACCCUUGGAGGCCCCGAGCACCCCCAGCAGCUUGCGGCGCCGGCGGAAAUUCCCCUCGGUGGGUGCCAACGGGGCCGAGAGCGGCAUCGGGGAGGGCGGCGGCGAGCCCUACCGCUCCCUGAGCGACCCCAUGCCCCACCGGCGCUGCCCGGUGGCGGAGGAGGCGAAGAAUUUCUCCGUCGACAGCAACCUGUUGGGUUCGCUGAGCGCCAAGGGGGGCAUCCCCCAACCCGCGGCCAUGGCGCUGGCCGGCAGCGCGGGCAGCGACCUUUCCCUGGGCAGCGACGGGCUGCGGGACUACAGCAGCCUCAUCCAGACCAUCGUCAGCCAGCCCGGCGCCAUGGACAAAGUCAUCGACGAGAAGGGCAACGGCAAAACCAUCAAGAAGAAGUCGCUGAGCGACCCCAGCCGGCGCGGCGAGCUGGCCGCCGGCGCCUUCGAGGGUCCCGGUGAAGCCAUCAGCGAGCUGGAGGGCAGCAUCCCGCCGUCCAGCAGCGAGCCCAUCCUCUCGGAGCAGAGAUCCCCACCGGCGCGUCCCCAAGGACACCAAGGUUACGGCUUCGACCCCAAGCUCGCCGAGGUGCUGUCCCCCCGCGGCGCCCGGCGCAGCUCCAAGAAGCGCUCCAGCCGCGCGUCCCACCAGGAGAACCAACCUCCCCCGGUGCCCCCCGGCCUCUCCAGGGUGGCCCGCCCGGCCACCAAGCACGUGCGCCACACCAGCGAGCCCGCCACCUUCGUCCCCAUUUCGGUCCCCGAGCCGCACGCCGCCCACCAUGCCCACCUCCCCGUGCCGGAUGCCACCCGCCUGCCCCUCAAGACUUUCCCUGCCCCGCAGCCGCCGUCGCUGGAGGAUGUCACCAAGCGGUACAUGCUGGCCCUCAACUCCGGUGACACGUCCCCCGGCCCCGGGGACGGACCCCGCUCUUCGCCCGCGACGCCCACCGCCCCCGAGCCCGCCCGGUGCCCUCGGCAGAGCGACCCCAGGAGCAAGCCCCAAGUGGACAUGAGGAAGCACGUCAUCAUGACGCUGCUGGACACGGAGCAGUCCUACGUGGAGUCCUUGCGCACCUUGAUGCAGGGUUACAUGAAGCCGCUGAAGCAGCCGGAGAACUCGCUGCUGUGCGACCCGUCCCUGGUGGACGAGAUCUUCGACCAGAUCCCCGAGCUGCUGGAGCACCACGAGCAGUUCCUGGAGCAGAUCCACGACUGCGUGCAGAACUGGCACGAGAAGCAGAAAGUGGGCGACCUCCUGGUGCAGUCGUUCUCCAAGGACGUGCUGGUGAACAUCUACUCCGCCUACAUCGAUAACUUCCUCAACGCCAAGGACGCCGUCCGGAUCGCCAAGGAGGCACGGCCGGCGUUCAUCAAGUUCCUGGAGCAAAGCAUGCGGGAGAACAAGGAGAAGCAGGCUCUGUCCGACCUGAUGAUCAAGCCCGUGCAGAGGAUCCCGCGGUACGAGCUGCUGGUGAAGGACCUGCUGAAGCACACCCCCGAGGACCACCCCGACCACCCCUUCCUCAUCGACGCCCAGCGCAACAUCAAGCAGGUAGCCGAGAGGAUCAACAAGGGGAUGAAGAGCGCCGAGGAGGUGGAGAGGAACGCCCGCAUCGUGCAGGAGAUCGAGUCCCACAUCGAAGGGAUGGAGGACCUCCAGGCCCCGCUCCGCAGGUUUCUGCGCCAGGAGAUGGUGGUGGAAGUGAAGGCGGUGGGUGGGAAGAAGGACCGCUCGCUCUUCCUCUUCACGGACCUGCUGGUGUGCACCACGCUGAAGCGCAAGUCAGGCUCCCUCCGCCGCAGCUCCAUGAGCCUGUACACGGCGGCCAGCGUCAUCGACACCGCCAGCAAGUACAAGCUGCUCUGGAAGUUGCCGCUGGAGGACGUGGACAUCGUCAAAGGUGCCUCGCAAGCCACCAACAGGGAGAGCAUCCAGAAGAGCAUCAGCCGCCUGGACGAGGACCUCAACACGCUGGGGCAAGUCAGCAAGCUGUCGGAGACCCUCAGCUUCCCCCACCAGAGCCUGGACGACGUGAUCAAGGACCUGAUGGCCGCCAUCCACCGGGAGCUGGCGGAGAAGCAGUCCCUGUCCUUCAGCAUGGCCUUCCCCCCCAACAAAGUGGAGCUCAGCGCCGCCAAGGCCGACGGCACCGAGUCCUUCAUCUUCGAGUUCCCCAACCCCGACGCGCGGCUCGGUUUCGAGCAAGCCUUCGAGGACGCCAAGAAGAAGCUGGCUUCCAGCAAAAACUGCCUGGACCCGGAGUUCCUCAAGGCCAUCCCCAUCAUGAAGACGAGGAGCGGGAUGCAGUUUUCUUGUGCUUCUCCCAGCCACAGCAGCCCGAGAAACGCCCACGAGGUCUGGGUGUGCAACAGCGACGGCUACGUGGGGCAGGUCUGCCUGCUCAGCAUCCGCAAGGAGCCCACCGUCGAGGCGUGCAUCGCCGUCUGCUCGGCCAGGAUCCUCUGCAUCGCCUCCGUGCCCGGCCUCAAACGAGCCUACAGGGAACGCGCCGAGCCCGUGGCCAGCCCGUCCUCGGAGCCGGCCCCGGCGCAGUUGGAGGACGCGGGGCCGCAGCAGUGCCUGCACAUCUCCAUCUCGGGCUCGUCGUUGGAGCUCUCCGAGCCCGUCGACAGCGCCCACAGGGAGCUGGUGCCCUUCGACAGCGACGACACGGACGACGAGUCCUCGCCCAGCCCCUCGGGCACGCUGCAGAGCCAGGCCAGCCACUCCACCAUCUCCUCCAGCUUCGGCAACGAGGAAAUCCCGAGCUGCAAGGAGGCGGCGGCGGAGACGACGAGCUCGGAGGAGGAGCAGGAGCCCGGUUUCCUCCCCCUCGCCACCACUUUUGGGCAGAGCCGGCACGGCGAGAGCCCCACGGACGGCCGAGCCCUGCGGCGCUCCAGCCGCGGCUCCUUCACCCGGGGCAGCCUCGAGGACCUGCUGAGCCUCGACCCCGAAGCCUACCAGAGCUCCAUGUGGUUGGGCACCGAGGACGGCUGCAUCCACGUGUACCAGUCCUCGGAUAACAUCCGCAACAGGAAGAACAGCAUGAAGAUGCAGCACGCCGCCUCCGUCAUGUGCAUCUUAUACCUCGAUAACCAAGUUUUUGUGUCCUUGGCCAACGGGGAGCUCAUUGCGUACCAGCGGGAGGCAGGUCGCUUCUGGGACCCCCAAAACUCCAAAUCCCUGUCCCUGGGCUCCCCGGGGAGCCCCAUCACGAAGAUGGUGGCGGUGGCGGGGAAGCUGUGGUGCGGCUGCCAGAACCGGGUCAUCGUCCUCAACACGGCCACGCUGGUGCAGGAGCACACGCUCCACGUGGGGCAGGACAGCGGUCGCAGCGUGACCUGCAUGGUGAGCGCGGGGCCCGGCGUCUGGGUCGCGCUGCAGGGCAGCGCCCAGGUGCGCCUCUACCACGCCACCAGCUACGAGCAGCUGGCCGAGGCAGAUGUCACCCCCCCCGUGCACAAGAUGCUGGCUGGUUCGGAUGCCAUCAUCCGGCAGCACAAGGCGGCGUGCCUGCGCAUCACGGCGCUGCUGGCCUGCAAGGAGCUGCUGUGGAUCGGGACGAGCGCCGGCGUGGUGCUGACGCUGGCGCUGCCGGCCAAGGCGGCCCCGGUGCUUGUGGGGUUGGCUCAGGGCCAUACGGGGCACGUCCGCUUCUUGGCCGCCAUCCCCUUGCCCGACGGCUUCGACCUCCUCUUCCCGCUGCCCGGGCAGGAGGGCCCCGAGCAGCCGAGCGACUCCGAACCCCGGGGGGACCCCGCUCGCCCCCGCGCCCCCAGCCUGGCCCUGCCCAAAGCCAAAAUGCUGGUGAUCAGCGGCGGCGACGGCUACGAGGAUUUCCGCCUGACCAGCAGCAGCGAGACCGUGGGCCGCGACGACAGCACCAACCACCUCCUCCUCUGGCGGGUGUGAGGGGCUGGCGACCCCCCCCCCCGCCACCCAGCCACCCACCCUGGGGACCCCCCCCCUCCUCCCAAAUCGCCCACCCAAAGGACCACCCCCCCCCCCACCUUCCUCUUCUCAAGGACCACCUCCCCUAGCCCCAGCACGUCUCAUCUCUCCAGCCCGGCUGCUCUCUGUGUGCUCUGGUGGUUGGGGGGGGAAUGGAUGGAUGGAUGGACCCCCCCCCAGCUGCCUCCCCCCACCACGGGGCGCUGCUUUAUUUUUUUUUGGGGGGGGGCACCUCGUUGCUUGGGAAGGAGCUAACGAAGCCUUUAACGAGCAUCCCCGGGGGAUGGAUGGCAGGAGGACAGCGUCGCCCUGCCUCGUUCUCCCCGGUUUUGUGUGUGCCUGCUUUGGGGGGGGGGGUUAAAAAAAUAAAAUAAAAUAAAAUAAAAUGGGGGGGGUUG